AGGGUCACGUUUUCACCGCUCCUUCAGUUUGCAGACAAGCCAAAGCGAUGCCUUUACGACCCAGAGCUUCCUCUCAGCCCGGGAGAGGCGGCGUGCUCCUGAACCCCAAAGUGACGACGAUUAUGCGUCCUCGAGCUCUGACCUCGAGCUGCCGCUCGGCCGUGGAGGACCAGCUGUCGUGUCCCGUGUGCUGCGAGAUCUUCGCCGACCCCGUGGUCCUGCGCUGCAGCCACAGCUUCUGUCGAACCUGCCUGAACCAGUUCUGGAGCAAGAAGACACCUAAGCGUGAGUGUCCCGUGUGCAGGAGGAGGUGUUCUCUCACCGAGCCCACAGUCAGCCUCGUACUGAAGAACGUAUGUGAGACGCUGGCGCAGGAACAGAAGGGCCUGAGCACGCCGCCGUCGUCGCCCGGCACCACCACCAAGCUGUUAGACCUGUGUACCACCCACAGAGAGCCGCUCAAACUCUACUGCCACGAUGACGACGAGCUGCUGUGCUGCGUGUGUCACACCUCCAAGAAGCACCAAGGCCACCGUGUCUGUCCCAUGGAGGAAGCAGCACAUGACCUUAAGGCGGAGUUGAAGAAGGAGCUGAUGCCGAUGAAGAAAAAUCUCCGUCGUCUUUACGAGGCCAAGCAGGAGUACGACGACAUCACCGUCCACAUCAAGAACCAAAGGCAGCAGGCAGAGAAACAGAUCAGAGAGGAAUUUGAGGAGAUCAGACAGUUCCUGGAUAAACAGGAGCUGGAGCGGAUCUCUCUCCUGGCUGAGGAAGAGGAGGAGAAGUUGCAUCUAAUGAAGAAAAACACUGACAACCUCUCACGGGAUAUUCUGAUGUUCUCCCACGCCGUCAGAACCGUCGAUGAUGAAAUGUCCAACAGCGAGGCCGUGUUCCUGAAGCACUAUAAGAACACAAAACCGAGGACACAAUUAACCUUUAAUGAACCGGAGAAAGUUCCAUCUGCUCUCAUCAACGUGGCGAAACACGUCAGCUGUCUGAAGUUCAGCUUGUGGGAGAAAAUGCAGGCCAUGGUGGAAUAUACUCCGGUGACCCUAGAUGCCAACACGGCCUACCCCUGCCUGAGGCUGAGUAAAAACCUGGCCCACGUCAGCAACAGUGGCAUGAUGCAGAAGCUCCCCGACAACCCGGAGCGCUUCGACCACUUUGUCUUCGUGCUGGGGUCCGAGGGCUUUGAGUCGGGACGACACGCCUGGGAGGUUGAGGUGAAGAACAACAACGACUGGGUCAUCGGUGUGGUCAAGGAGUCCAUAGCCAGAAAAGGGAAAGUCUCAGGAGGUCCAGAGGCGGGUUUCUGGACAAUCGCACUGUCUGACGGCAUUUACACGGCCAUGACGUCUCCGCCCACGCAGCUGGAGACGAGCCGCCAUCUCGAGAGAGUCAGGGUGAAGCUGGACUUUGAUGCUGGCGAGGUCAGCUUCUCCAACCCUCUGGACCUGACACCCAUCUACACCUUCAAUGAGCGCUUCACUGAGAGGAUGUUCCCGUUCUUCUGCCCCGGCGCCAACAUCAACGGCAGCAACCCUGGUCCUCUGAAGAUCUGCCCGGUUAAAGUAGCUGUGUGGAACAGCAGCCUCUGGUAACAUGGGUUCAUCUCAACUCAACUCAAUUCAAAGCCUGAGGUGACAGUGACAGGGAAAAACACCCUGAGAUGAUACGAGGAAGAAACCUGGAGAGGAACCAGACUCGGAAAGGAACCUCGUCCUCAUUCGGAUGACAACAGAGAACGGGAUUAUAAAUCAUUUCCUUUCUAUAACUGUACUACGGCGUUUAGUGAAAUUAUGUAACCAGGAGUUUUUUUAACAGCUUCUAAAUUUUCUAUCGUCUUAUUCACAUGAACACCAAACACAAGAUUAAAUAUGUUCCCAUAUUGUUGCAGCGUCACCUCCUGGAGCUCCAUUUAAUCUCUGAAGGCAGGGAGUUGUCGAGCACCGAGCGUAACAAAUCCUUUUCUCUGGGUUUAAUUCUGUUCUGUUUACGCUGCUGUGAUCGUGAAGGCACACAGAACUCUAACCCUAAGGGAACCGGAUCAGAAGACAAACUAAAGCAUUAGGUAGAUAACAUCAUCCAAGUCAACAGCUGAGAUCGAAUUUAUUGGCACCUUAACAAUGUAGGCAUAAUCUUUCCAGCUUAAUUCAUUUAUUCAUGUGAUUCAUUAAUCAUACCAUUACUCACUUAGUUAUGCUUUUUAAAUUCAUUUUUCAGUACUGAUUGUUUUUUAUGGUUGUCUAUAACGUAAUAUAAUAUUUAAAUAUAAUAAAAAACAGCAGCUCUGACAGACGUAGUGCUCGUGAUUAAAGGAACUACAGGAUCCAUAACAUUUAAAAAGAUUAAAUAAUGUAAUUAAAAAAAAAAAAAAAAAAAAGAAUAAAAAAUUUGGCGAAUUGCUGUGGUCUAAAACAUUGUCCUCUGUGACAUUUCCUGGGGUUAGUUCUUGUUGUAGAGAUUUAUGAGCUAAAGCUCAGGAAUACAUAACCUCCCACAAAAAAAAAAGAAAAAACAGCUUUUAUUGACAAAAGCAAUGAGCUGUUAUCAGUGUGUACUCAGAGAAGCAGAGGAGAGAUCUUUUUUAGCACACACACACACACACACACACACAUACACACACACACACAGAAGUCAGCGUGUUUAAGCUGGCCCGAAAAGACCAAACCAGAUCCCGUGUCACUAAAGCUAAGUGCCCACAGGAUCACGUUACGACUGACUUGCUUUGGCAGACAGUGAACCUAAGCAGAGCAGGUUUCGACUCUGACCAGGUGUUAAUGAGAAAAAUACGGCCAAACGACAGUAACAUGGCUGGCGUUAAGUUAAAUGAGAUGCUGAUGAUCCGAGCUCAUGACUGGCUGUUUCGUAUUUAAGAGCUCUUACCAUUGUAUUGUUUCGUUUGUUUAAUUAAACAGUACCAAAAAAUGGCU